CCAGUUCUUUGAGUGAUAUCUUGCAAACUAGUGCCUAUACAUAGUGGGUAGAAAGUGAAAAAUUGGGGGAAAAAGUUAGAUGAGUUUUAUUACUGAGAAGAAUCACAUACUGCAAGAGGGAGAGAGACCAAGAAUGAGAAGAAAUGUCCAAUGCCAGCCUCAUGACAGCGUUCAUCUUCACGGGCCUUCCCCAUGCCCCAGGGCUGGACGCCCUCCUCUUUGGAGUCUUCCUGUUGGUUUAUGUGCUCACUGUGCUGGGGAACCUCCUCAUCCUGCUGGUGAUCAGGGUGGAUUCUCACCUCCACACCCCCAUGUACUACUUCCUCACCAACCUGUCCUUUAUUGACAUGUGGUUCUCCACUGUCACGGUGCCCAAAAUGCUGAUGACCUUGGUGUCUCCAAGCGGCAGGACUAUCUCCUUCCACAGCUGCGUGGCUCAACUCUAUUUUUUCCACUUCCUGGGGAGCACCGAGUGUUUCCUCUACACGGUCAUGUCCUAUGAUCGCUACCUGGCCAUCAGUUACCCGCUCAGGUACACCCGCAUGAUGAGUGGGUGCUCGUGUGCUCUCCUGGCUACCGGCACUUGGCUCAGUGGUUCUCUGCACUCUGCUGUCCAGACCAUAAUGACUUUCCAUUUGCCCUACUGUGGACCCAACCGGAUCCAGCACUACUUCUGUGACGCACCGCCCAUCCUGAAACUGGCCUGUGCAGACACCUCAGCCAACGAGAUGGUCAUCUUUGUGGACAUUGGGAUAGUGGCCUCAGGCUGCUUUGUCCUGAUAGUGCUGUCCUAUGUGUCCAUCGUCUGUUCCAUCCUGCGGAUCCGCACCUCAGAUGGGAGGCGCAGAGCCUUUCAGACCUGUGCUUCCCACUGUAUUGUGGUCCUUUGCUUCUUUGUUCCCUGUGUUGUCAUUUAUCUGAGACCAGGCUCCAUGGAUACCAUGGAUGGAGUUGUGGCCGUUUUCUACACUAUGCUGACGCCCCUUCUCAACCCUGUUGUGUACACCCUGAGGAACAAGGAGGUGAAGAAAGCUGUGUUGAAACUGAGAGACAAAGUAGCACAUCCUCAAAGGAAAUAAAUACUAGGAAGUAAAUACACUAGUUUGUUUAAAAAUAGUAAUCUAAUUUAGUUAUUCAUGUGAAAUUGGUUACAUGUAUAGUUCUCAGUGUUAAACAUUAUUCCAAAACACCUGCACAGUUAUAAUUCUUCCACAGAUUGUCUAAGACAGUUUUAACAUCACAGCUAGACUUAUGUUUAUGAUGAACAUGAUUAUAUUCUGAAUUAUUGACUCAUUUCUCAUCAAUAAGUUUAUAUUAAGUUUAAAACAUAUUUUAAUCAAAUCUCAGGGAUAGAUGAUUAAUUGAUGUUUAUAAAUUGAUAAACGGUUUUUGUGUUUUGUUUGAUUUCAUAUACACAUAAACUUAAGAAUGUACCAUCAUGGAGACAUAGUUCAAAACCAGAAACAAAUAUUAUUCAAAACCAGCAAAAAAUAUCAUUUUUCUAAUCGUGGCUGUUCAAAUUUCUUUUUGGUUUUAACGUAUCUAUAUAUUUGUAUGUGUAUAUACUAAUCCAAACAUGUAUACAAAAGAAAGUACAUGACAUUUAACAUAUUUAACAUAUAGGUUUUCAUAUAUUUAUGUUAUGUAUAUGUAUUUGUCUAUUUACAUAUAUAUCUGAAAACAUUUCUAGAAACACUAUUUUAAUUGGCAAGAAUAGCUAGCUAUUAGUAUUUAAAAUAUUACCAAUGAAUCAAUUAGAAAUUGUAUAUUCACAGAAUAGAUUACUAUCCAGCAAUGAUAACGAAUGAUCUAACAACUACAUGUAUAAUUGUUUAUUCACUUUAUACAUUUGCACCCAUUUUUAAUGUUUGUUAAGAUCCAAUAUAAAAAAUUAAAUCUCUUAAAUAUCUAGAUUACUUGGGGCUGUUUUGUCUCCUAGUUCACUUGGCAAUGUCUGGAAAUAUUCUUGCUUGUCACACACGCUGGCAUCUAUUGGCGAUAGGUCAGGGGUGUUAAACAUUCCACAAUGCACAGGAGAGACCCUCACAACAAAGCUUAUCAUGGCCAAAUGUCGAUAGUGCUGAGGAUGAGAACCCGGAGCUGAAUUUAAUUUUAAGCAACAUGUGUAAGACCACGACAAUAGAAAUAAAAUAUUUUCAGAUAAAUAUAAAAUUUGCUGAAUGAAUCUAAGAUUAUAAAGUGCACGUGGAGACUCAUAUUUUUAAAAUACCAAUUCCAUUCAAAUUGAUCUAUAGAUUUGACGCUAUUCCAAGUAAAAUCCCAGCAUUUGAUUUUGCAGCUAUGGACAUGUGGAUCUUAAAGUGUGGAUUGAAAUGGAAUGAGUCCCAAAAUGGUCAAGACUCUCUUGAAGAAAUAAAGGAUAACUGAAAGAUUGACAACACUAGUUGUCAGAACUUAUGACAAAGCUAUAGUAACUCAGAGAGUCUUGUAUUUGUAUGAGACUAGACAAAUAGAAAAAUGGAACUGAAUACAGAGUAAAGAAAUAGACUGGUACAUAUUUGUAUGACAAAGAUGACAUUGCAAAGCAAUAAAGCAUGAUUGCUUUCUUGGAUAAGUUAUUUUGGGGUAUCUGGGUAUUCAGAAUAAAAAAAUUAGUCUCGAUCCUAUUUCAUACUAUACACAUAAAAUACUCAAUUAUAGUAGAUAGGAUAUAUAAAUGUGGUGGACUGUAUGACACUUGUUUAGGUAAGACACUUUUUAGUAAUGCAAAACCUUUUUGGAAAAAAAUUAAUUAAAAUACUUUUUUAAAUUUAUUUUUUAUUAUUAUACUUCAAGUUCUGGCGUAGAUGUGCACAACUUGCAGGUUUGUUUCAUAGGAAUACAUGUGCCAUGUUGGUUUGCUGCACCUAUCAACUCAUCGGUUACAUUAGGCAUUUCUUCUAAUGCUAUCCCUCCCCCAGCCCCCCACCCCACAAAAGGUCCCGAUGUGUGAUGUUCCCCUCCCUGUGUCCAUGUGUUCUCAUUGUUCAACUCCCACUUAUGAGUGAGAACAUGUGGUGUUGGUUUUCUCUUCUUGUGUUACUUUGCUGGAAGAUGUUAGUUUCCAGUUUCAUCAAUGUCCCUGCAAAGAACAUGAACUCAUCCUUUUUUAUGGCUGCAUAGUAUUCCAUGGUGUAUAUGUGCCACAUUUUCUUUAUCCAGUCUAUCAUUGAUGGACAUUUGGGUUGGUUCCAAGUCUUUGCUAUUGUGAACAAUGCUGCAAUAAACAUACAUGUGCAUGUGUCUUUAUAGUAGCAUGAUUUAUAAUCCUUUGGGUAUAUACCCAGUAAUGGGAUUGCUG